CCUGCCUGCCUGCCUGCCUGCCUGCCUUCAACCUGCACCAGCACCAAUCCUGACACUACCACUCUCCUGACGCGUCGUACAAUACUUCUUGCUUGGACACAAGAGAAAGAGAGAACCACAACAAAAGUGAUCUCUUAUAUAUCCUUCCGAGGCUGGGACACCAGGUGCUGCCACUGACGAGUGGGUGGGGCCAGAUCUCCAAUCUGGGGACGGCUGCUCCUGGAAUCACCUGAGUUUUGGAAAGACAACAAGCAGACACAGAAACUGGGGUACGUAACACUUACGAACUCACGCAUGGAGAAAGGGAGGCCAAGUGUUGGGACUACGCCGUUCUUAAUUUUUUUGUCUUCUUGCUCGUCUGUCUGGGAGCUGCUGCUCCUCGUAAGGCGAGUGCAACACAGGCCGCUCGGUGGGCUGCUAAUCCCUCUCUCGAGUUGUUGACCCAGUCUUCUCCAAACUGGAUCGUCGUCCAAAUCGAACCUUGGUCUGAGUUGCCAAAAAAUGCCAUGCUGUCAGAAAAGCCAAACUGGUUGGCUAGUACUAAACGAGCCUGCCCCCGAUCAGCUGGCAGCGUACCAACAGGGAGAUAGGAGGCUACCUGAAGCAGGCACCGGCUUGUUGAGUCGAACUUAAUUCACGCCUAAGCUUUAUUUAACACCACCAGGCUUUAGAAACGGCAAGAUAACAAGUGACAAAGUUCUGUCACGAUCUACGAACAGAGUAAGGAGAAGAUGAGAGAAAGUGACUACGGGGGUAGAUAGACGGGUCUACACAACGUUGGAAUUGGAAAUAAGAAAAUACUCAUUGUUUUUUUUUUUUUACUCAGAGUCAAUCUUUUUUUUAAGCAUGUCCCAACAGCUUCCCAACCUUAAAAUGUGUUUAUAAUUGUUACCAUUACAACAUCACAACAACCUCAAUGGUCAUUUUUAUCUAAGCAUGAUAUUCAUUUAACCUUAAGAAAUAACUUACUUUAACAAACCAACUGUGUGACCCUGCAGUAAUGUUUUAUGUACCUGUUUUUCCCGUCUAUGUGCAAUACAAAGUAACAGAGCCAAUGCCAUACACUUCUCUCACGUUAAAUCUUUUCAACCUAACUUUACUUGAUCGGUGAAGGGGAGCAUGUUUCCUCAGCAGGACGUACAGCACACAGAGUCACAUGGGGUUGGCCAAUCAAACGCAGUCUGUCUCUGAAGAGUGAAGAAAGUAUUGAGAUUCUCUUCAUUCAACACAAGAAUUUGAACACUAUGACAUCUCCAAGAUAUGGCGUCUAUGUGGCGUGGUUGUUCUUGUGGAAAAUCGCUCAUGCAACUGAUCCUAAAUUGUCGUCACCUGUGCAUCAAGAAAGAGGUUUCGCAUCAGUCGAUGUUGGAGACAACAUUACUUUGGAAUGUUUCUAUCAGAAUAACGCUGGAGGAAGGCUUUACUGGUUUAAGCAAACGUUGGGACAGAGACCAAAGCUGAUCUCCACCUUUUAUACGUACAGCCCAAAAGGCAAUUUUUAUCAUGAAUUUGAGAACAAUCCACGCUUCACAAUGAAUACGGAAAAAAGUCAAAAUAACUUGACAAUUUUUGAUUUGAAGGUUUCAGACACAGCAACUUACUACUGUGCAUAUAGCACUUCAUAUGUGUUGACUUUUGCUGAGGGCACAGUUGUCAGUGUGCAGGGUUCUAGUAUAAACAUCCCAGCUUUGCUCCAUCAGUCACCAUCAAAGACCAUCCAGCCAGGAGGCUCUGUGACUCUGAACUGUACAGUACAAACUGGGACCUGUGAUGGACAACACAGUGUUUACUGGUUCAAAGACUCUGAAGAAUCUCAUCCAGCACUCAUUUACACUGAUGGAGGCAGCACUGAUCAGUGUGUGAGGAAACCCAACACACAAACACACACCUGUGACUACAACCUGCCGAUGGAGAGCCUGAAUCUGUCUCAUGCUGGGACCUACUACUGUGCUGUUGCCUCCUGUGGACACAUUCUGUUUGGAAAUGGGACUAAACUAGAUAUUGAGGCUGAACAAGAAACACAUCUGUCAGUGUUCGGAUUCUCACGCAACCGUAUCAGCUCCCUCCACAGGAAACACAGAGGGUUACCAAAGCGCACGGAGCCCUCAUUAUGCUGCUUUAAAUCUCAAUGUUCCCAGCGGAUCAAGGAGGCAGAAGAUGAACAUUGAUGCUAAAUGUGUGUACUCUGGCAUUAAGCAGUAAACUUGCUUUAAUCAAAAUUAUAUAUGUAAUUUAGUUAUGGAAAUAGAUUUUGGAAUUAUUAUAAAUGAUGUAUAUGUUUAGACCUAACACUUCCGAUGCCAACAUUUAGUACAAAGGCAGGGAAUGUGCCUUUUUGUAGUUAGAUGCUAAGUAUGGCCAGCAAUUUGUAAUUUGCUUGGAAAUGAUGGUCAUUAGUGAUCAAAUAUAGCUGAUGUAUGAUACUUUGAUUUUGGCACAAUAUCAUGUGCUUUUGUUUUAUUUACUGUAUCAUCUCCCCUGGUUUAUUAGUUAUUUUGGGGAUAAGUAGUGAAACAAUUCUGGUAGUAAGUCAAAUGGAUCAGGAGCAUUCACAGACAAUAAUUAUCUUUUACUGCAGGGUGAGUGAUUAUUGGUGAAGCAAAUAUGUCUGUAGUAUUGAACCACCACGUUGGUGUCUUUCAGUAAGUGUUGCUCCAAUAAAUCUC